ACAACUACCACUGUCGCAAUGUCCGUCUUCUACUACGAUCCCUUCGCCCACUUCGAGCGCCUCUUCGACGACGCCUUCCGUUCACGCAACACCACCCAGCAACUUAGCCUCCCCACCUUCAAGUUUGAGGGGAACGAGACUGUGCAGGCGUUCAGACCCAAAAUGGAUCUCCACGAGAACACCGAAUCUAACACCGUAACCGCAACCUUCGAGCUGCCAGGCGUCAAGAAAGAGGACGUGCACAUCGACACGCUCCCCGGCCGCCUCCGCACCUCCGCCGAAUCCAAAAUCUCGGAGGAGCACGAAAGGGACGGGUACGCGAUCCGUGAGCGCCGCUUUGGCAGGUUUUCGCGCACGCUGCAGCUGCCCAAUGGCGUCAAGGAAGAGGACAUCAAGGCGAGCAUGGAGAACGGCGUCUUGACAGUCACGUUCCCCAAGACCUCUUCCGAGCAGACCCCAAAGAAAAUCACGGUUGCUUGA